AUGCCACAGGAGAGGCUGAGCAGCCUGGAAAACAUGACUUUGGGCCCAGAGUGGCUACAACAAGGGUUUCGGAGCAGCCCCAAAAGGGAGGCCGAGAAAGCGGUGGCCAGCCCCAGUGUGCACAGGUAUGGCCGGGAUCAGCUUUUGCUGUUCCAGAGCGCCAUGCUGCUCCCGGCGGCACCCCGCCUGGCCAAUGGCCGGCCGAAGCCCACAGAAGAGUUGGAGCCAGGAAUCUAUCCUGUCUUUGGGGCUAUGACCAAAGAGAACCUCGUGAGCGACGGGGUCUUACCGGCCUCCUCCUUGGAGGACAAGGGAGGCCCGGUGGCCGGCACGCUCCGGGGCCGCGCUGAGGGUCCGGGGGCCGAGGCAUCACGCGUGCCCACUCGAUUGACUUUGGCUGAACCAAAUAAAGGAUUUGGGGAGGCACGGGGGGAGACGGCGAACACGGAGGACUUCACCCCUGUAGAGUGCAUGAGAAGUCUUGUUGCAAUCCUGAUUGGCAGUUGGAAUGACGGGGAGGGUUGGGGGGUGACCAGAGAUCUUUUUCUUCCGGUUCACGUCUGGACUUUGGAGGUUCUAGCUGUGGCUGAGACGGGAGAUGAGAACGAGUCCAUUGCAAUUCAAAACUUCUCCAACGAGUGGCUAACAGGUUUGCAGUGA